AUGAAUAUUCAACACUCAACACCAUCUAAUUCUUCAACAGAACUUACUCCUAUAAUCAAAAAAUGUGACUCUAAGUUCUUUCCAGUUUGGUCUCACUUUACUUCUUAUGCAAAAAAAGCAGGUGAUUAUUAUAAUGGUGCUUGUAACUUCUGUGAAUUUAAAAUUUCAACUGCAACUGUUUCAAGUUUUGAAGAACAUUUGACUAAUGUUUGUUUGAAAGUAUCAGAAGAUGUUAGACUUGAAUAUCUUAAAAAAAGGGCUGAUGAUAUUGAAGAUACUUACCUAAUGCCUGAAUGUCAAAGUAGUAUUGAACGUAUUAUAGU